UAAAUCCGGAGCCAUGGUAGUGGUGCUAGCUAGCUUGACGCCGUUGCUCGGUGCCGGUGAGAGCAGGCACCGGGAGUCCUGAAACAACGGAUAUCUAUUAUUUAUUUAUUUUAGGUUUUUAACAGAUUUAUUCACCGUCAAUGAGUGAGAGAUAAAUGUUUUCUGGGCUAGGACAGACAGACGGUGUCCAGGAUGACAGUCCUCAACCUGUCCUUUGCUGCAUGUGGCUUCCUGGGGAUCUACCACCUCGGUGCUGUGGGGGCCUUCCUCCGCCACGGAGACAAGCUGCUGGGCUCCCUCAGGGCCUGUGCAGGGGCCUCUUCUGGUGCCUUGGUGGCUGCUGUGAUGAUCACAGCUCCUGACAAGUUAGAGCACUGUAAAGAGUUCACCUACAAGUUUGCUGACAGUGUGAGACGACAGCGGUUUGGCGCGGUCACACCAGGAUACAAUUUCAUGCUCACGCUCCGGGAGGGGAUGGAGGAGAUUCUGCCCAGAGAGGCUCACAGUCUGGCUACUGACCGCCUCCACGUCUCAAUAACACACACCCAAAGUUGGAAGAACCACAUCGUGUCCAGGUUUACCUCCAGGGAGGAGCUCAUAAAGGCUCUACUAGCCAGCAGCUUUGUGCCCGUCUAUGCUGGACUCACACCAGUGGAGUACAAAGGACAGAAAUGGAUUGAUGGAGGGUUCACUGACAGUCUGCCCAUUCUACCCGAGGGACGAACCAUCACCGUGUCUCCUUUUGCUGGACUGCAAGAUGUGUGUCCCGUCCACAGGGGGAGCUUCAGGACUCAACUCAGACUGGCCAACAUGAACAUAAUGUUCUCCACGAAGAACAUCGAACGUCUGAACCAGGCUCUGUUCCCUCCGUCCACCAGCACCAUGCACUCUUUCUAUGAAGAAGGAUUCGCUGACGCUGUGAGAUUCCUGAAGAAAGAGGCCUGGAUGAGCUGACGUCCCCUCAUGGAAAGCACUGACACCAUCAUGAAGCAAAGUAUCUACUGAUCAACGCCCGUGCGGAUGUUUAUAAAGCUGAGCAAGAAAGAUGCUACGUGUCAUUGUGAGCUGCAGUCAGAUAAGCUUUAUCACAUCCACAUUCUGGGUCUUUUCCUCGAAAUGACAGCAACUGAACAUGAUGAAAGGCCCUCAUGUGAACAUGGACUCAUCAAUUUUCCAAGGAGGCAUUUAAUUUCCCCCAGCUGGAAGCAGCGAGGAAAAAAAAAAUAUUGGAUAUCCAUUACCCACUUCACAGGAAGUCCAUGCUGCCGUCAUGGAUGUUGGAGGCUCCCUCAGGAACCCGAGGAUGGAGCAUCGUCUUUGAUGUGCCGUAUGUUUCUGCCGGGCUCCUCCGCUGCCGGGUUACCGUUUGAUUUCCUCUAGCGUCUGGAGACGUGAACAGGUUUUCCAUCAGCGUUCAGCCGGUUGAACUGCUGUGUGAGAGCAGCUCCUCCCUCAGGACACGUUCUGUGGAGCCGACCAGACGACUGUCUCACUGAGGAGAACUUCACCUGAAGGGGGUUUGGUAGCACACAGGUAGAUACCACACAGUUAAGUUAGAUUUUUUUGUCUGCUCAAUAGAAUUCUUUUGACUGGAUGUGACUUGCCUGGAAAAUCCAGACUGACUUUAUUUAUGUAUUAAUAUAAAUACAAAUGAAGGCAGUCUGGCAUUGUGAUGAUAGGAGACGAUUUCAAAAAGGAGGGGCUAACGAAUGCAGCUUGAACGAGAAAGAACCAAUCAGCGUAACACGGAUGUGAUGCACAAAGAAAUCGACCUUGAAGUCCAUGUAGUCCAAACAACAAUGGCAUGCAGCCGAGAAAGCGUCGCGCUGAAUGAUUACUGCCGCUUUUGUCACAAAAAUCAGCGAAUACAUGGGGUACUCUCAAGUACAACACUUAUUUUUGAAAAGGCUACGCAACAAAAGACUCCUUCCGAACGAUUAGCGGUGUUAGGAAUAACUUUAAAUCGGAGCCAAUCCAAGUCGGUGCGUAUGCGUAAAAGUUGCUUAAAUUUACUCACACGUUUGGAACGGGUCUGUUCAAACAAUGGCAAGAAGGCGAAAGUAACGAGCCAUCCACUGCCUCCUCAUCGUCGGAAACGUCAAGUGAAAAGAGGCAACGACUAAUGCCAUCCAAAACGCCAAGAGACCACAAAAAGAUUCGCUUUGGCCCUCCUCCUCCUCCUCCGGCAUCAUCUUUAUGGGUAAUCCAGGCGCUGAAGAUGACGCAGCAUUAACUCCCGCCUCCCGUGCUAUGAUUGGUCGUACCAAACUGAACCGGGAGGGAAACGCGAUUCAAUUCGCCCAAUGCCAAACUGACUCUCCUGUAUCUCCUAACAUGGAGAUAGGAGAUUACAUGGAGAUUCAGUUUGGAUUUUCCAAGCUAGGAUGUGACAUAAUCACAAGAAAAAGACAGGAAGACAUUGUUCUAAAGAUGUUAAUGAUACCUUUUCAAAUAUUUCUGUGUAUUUUUAUUUUUACUAGUCUGAGUCAUGUUUUACUGGUUUUAAAUUUCUAACAACAACCUAUGACAGCAAAUUGCACGCUAAAUAUGGCAUAUAUGCCUGACGAAAAAGCUGUUAUGACCUUAGAAAGGUUAGAGAGUAAAUUUUCCUUCACAAAUGGUUGUAAAGACCUACAAACAGUACAUCUACAAGAUUUGCUGUAUAAUCGGGAUGUCGCGUGUUUGGCUGCUAAUUAUGGAAGAAGCUUCACUUUCCAAGCAUGGCCGAAUUUGUGCAGUGACCUUACAGAGGUUUUUAGUUUUGUUUUUUUCUGAUGUCUUGAGCAGAGAAUUGUCCGUUGUUAAACCAAAACCAGUUUCCACUUCAUCCCGUCCUUGGCUCACUGCUAUCCAAGACAGCUGUGAUUGGUUUAAGCAAACACAAAUGAGUUUUAAAGAAGUUUCUCCCAAUCUAGAACUCCUUCACUGACACUUGGAUGAGACUUUAUAAACUUUUCCUGCCUGGAGAACAGCCAGUGACAACUCUGUCUUAGGGUUAAGACAGACAAGCUCACUGGGUUCUCUGGUUUUAGCCACGUCUUGCAACCGACUGGAGAACUACUAAAUCAGCUGUUUUCAGUUUUAUAGUGGAAUAUAAUGUUCAGUUUUGUAAUUUUGGACAAUGUAAACAUAUUCAUUUGUCAUUUCCAGCCAGAAGAAACCCAUUAGUAAAAUAGAAAUACAUUAUUACGGUAAUUAAAAUUUGGUAUCAUAUGAAUGAUUUUGUUCUUAUAUGAACAGUAUUAAGUUGUAUUAGACAUGUGUUUCAAAUACUUGAAGAUCAAUACUUGUAAUUUAAAUGCUUUUUGCAGUUUGUGAAAUAAAGUGGCAGAUUGAAGGUCCUGUCCAACGGUUGUGGUUUGACAAAGGAGCCCGGCUGUCUGUCUUGGAGCAUCUUAAAACCAAAAACUGUCACCUUUAUAUCCUUUUUAACGUCUGUUGUUUUUGUUUUGCCUCAAUGUUUCAGAAAAGGAGAGCUGUAAAAAUACAAAAUGAGAAAAUAAAACCGACUAUUUCAACA